CGGUACAACAUGGCGGCGCUCAGCACGCAGCUUCCGUGACCUGUAGCCGCGCGUCUGUGUUUGUAGCUGAGCUGGGGUGGGCGCGGGCACCUCCGCGGGGCAGCAGCCGGAGAGGGAGCCAUGGGGACUGUGCACGCCCGGAGUCUGGAGCCCCUCCCGUCGAGCGGACCUGACUUUGGAGCACUGGGAGAGGAAGCUGAGUUUGUGGAAGUUGAACCUGAAGCGAAACAGGAAAUCCUGGAAAACAAAGAUGUGGUGGUUCAGCAUGUUCAUUUUGAUGGACUUGGACGGACUAAGGAUGACAUCAUCAUUUGUGAAAUCGGAGAUGUUUUUAAGGCUAAAAACCUCAUCGAGGUAAUGCGGCGAUCUCAUGAAGCCCGGGAAAAACUGCUUCGCCUAGGAAUUUUUAGACAAGUGGAUGUUUUAAUCGACACGUGUCAUGGUGACGAUGCCCUGCCAAAUGGAUUAGAUGUCACCUUUGAAGUGACGGAGCUGAGGAGACUGACGGGCAGUUACAACACCAUGGUCGGAAACAACGAAGGCAGUAUGGUACUCGGCCUCAAACUCCCCAACCUUCUGGGACGUGCAGAGAAAGUGACUUUCCAGUUCUCUUAUGGAACCAAAGAAACCUCCUACGGCCUGUCGUUCUUCAAGCCACAGCCUGGGAACUUCGACAGAAAUUUCUCCGUAAACUUAUAUAAAGUUACUGGGCAGUUCCCCUGGAGCUCACUUCGGGAGACAGACAGAGGAGUGUCUGCUGAGUACAGUUUUCCACUGUGGAAGACUAGUCACACUGUCAAGUGGGAGGGUGUGUGGCGGGAGCUGGGCUGCCUCUCGAGGACUGCGUCGUUUGCUGUGCGGAAGGAAAGCGGACACUCGUUGAAGUCGUCUCUCUCGCACGCCAUGGUCAUCGACUCUCGGAAUUCAUCUAUCUUGCCAAGAAGAGGGGCCUUGCUCAAAGUCAACCAGGAGCUGGCAGGCUACACGGGAGGGGAUGUGAGUUUCAUCAAAGAAGACUUUGAGCUUCAGCUGAAUAAGCCGCUCGCGUUGGAUUCGGUGUUCUCCACAUCUCUCUGGGGUGGAAUGCUGGUGCCCAUCGGUGACAAGCCAUCCAGCAUUGCUGACAGGUUUUACCUGGGAGGCCCCACGAGUGUCCGAGGAUUUAGCAUGCACAGCAUUGGACCCCAGAGUGAAGGAGAUUACCUGGGCGGGGAGGCGUACUGGGCCGGGGGCCUGCACCUCUACACCCCACUGCCCUUCCGGCCAGGCCAGGGUGGCUUCGGAGAGCUUUUCAGAACUCACUUUUUCCUCAAUGCGGGCAACCUGUGCAACCUCAACUAUGGUGAGGGCCCCAGAGCCCACAUCCGGAAGCUAGCUGAAUGCAUCCGCUGGUCCUAUGGAGCAGGCAUCGUCCUCCGACUUGGCAACAUCGCUCGGCUGGAGCUGAACUACUGCAUUCCUAUGGGUGUGCAGCGGGGUGACAGGAUUUGUGAUGGUGUCCAGUUUGGAGCUGGAAUUCGAUUCCUGUAACUUGAGUCCAGGAGCAGCUUGGAUGAACAUCGGGAGUCUCCCAGGGUACAUGCCUAUUUGGAGGUGACACAGUUGAAUGCUUCUGGGCCGUAAUUCUUAUGGGAAAUCACGUCAAUAAAUUUUAAACACUCA